AAAGGAGUGAGGCAUGGCUCUUUCUCAGGAACGACUGACCUCUGAGGAUGUGGCCAUCGAAUUCACUCAGGAGGAGUGGGAAUUCCUGGACCCUGCUCAGAGGGCCUUGUACAGGGACGUGAUGCUGGAGACCUACAGGAACCUGCUCUCCUUGGGUGAGAAUGCUUACAAAUGUGAUGAGUGUGGCAAGGCCUUUCGUGUAAAGUCAGUCCUCUUAAGUCAUCAGACAGUUCACACUGGAGAGAAACCUUACAAAUGUGAUGAGCAUGGCAAGGCCUUUACUCACAGCUCACAUCUCAGUCGUCAUCAGAGGGUUCAUACUGGAGAGAAACCUUACAAAUGUGAUGAGUGUGGCAAGGCCUUUUGUGUAAAGUCAGCCCUUUUUACUCAUCAGACAGUUCAUACUGGUGAGAAACCUUACACAUGUGAUGACUGUGGCACGGCCUUUCGUCUAAAGUCAACCCUUUUAAGGCAUCAAACAGUUCACACUGGAGAGAAACCUUACAAAUGUGAGUGUGGCAAGGCCUUUUGUGUAAAGUCAGCCCUUUUAAGUCAUCAGACAGUUCAUACUGGUGAGAAACCUUACAAAUGUGAUGAGUGUGGUGAGGCCUUUCGUCUAAAGUCAAGCGUUUUAAGUCAUCAGACAGUUCAUACUGGAGAGAAACCUUACAAAUGUGAAUGGUGUGGUAAGGCCUUUUGUGUAAAGUCAACCCUUUUAAGGCAUCAGACAGUUCAUACUGGAGAGAAACGUUACAAAUGUGAUGAGUGUGGCAAGGCCUUUCGUCUAAAGUCAAACCUAUUAAGUCAUCAGACAGUUCAUACUGGUGAAAAACAUUACAAAUGUGAUGAGUGUGGCAAGGCCUUUUGUGCAAAGUCUAACCUUUUAAAUCAUCAGACAGUUCAUACUGGUGAGAAACCUUACAAAUGUGAUGAGUGUGGCAAGGCCUUUCCUCUGAAACCAACCCUUUUAAGGCAUCAGACAACAGUUCAUAGUGGAGAGAAACCUUACAAAUGUGAUGAGUGUGGCAAGGCCUUUCCUGUAAAGUCAACCCUUAUAAAGCAUCAGACAAUUCAUACUGGUGAGAAACCUUACAAAUGUGAUGAGUGUGGCAGUGCCUUUCGUCUAAAGAAAAUCCUUUUAAAUCAUCAGGCAAUUCAUACUGGAGAGAAACCUUACAAAUGUGAUGAGUGUGGCAAGGCCUUUCCUGUAAAGUCAACCCUUAUAAAGCAUCAGACAAUUCAUACUGGUGAGAAACCUUACAAAUGUGAUGAGUGUGGCAGUGCCUUUCGUCUAAAGUCAAUCCUUUUAAUGCAUCAGAAAGUUCAUACUGGUGAGAAACCUUACAAAUGUGAUGAGUGUGGAAAAGUCUUUGGUCGAAAACCGCAUCUUCAACGUCACUGGAGAAUUCAUACUGGAGAGAGUCCUUUCAGAUGUAAUGAGUGUGGCAAGUUCUUCAGUCAAAAUUCACAGCUUCAAAAACAUCAGAGAAUACAUAUAGAGAAACCUUUCAAAUGUGAUGAGUGUGGAAAAAUCUUUGGUCAAAAACCACAUCUUGAACAUCACUGGAGAAUUCAUACUGGAGAGAGACCUUUCAGAUGUAAUGAGUGUGGCAAGUUCUUCAGUCGAAAUUCACACCUUAAAAGACAUCGGGGAAUACAUACAGAAAAACCUUUCAAAUGUUUCGAGUGUGGAAAAUCCUUUACUCAGGUCUCAGCACUCACUAAACAUCAGAAAAUCCAUACGUGAGAGAAACUCAUGUGAAUGUGGUAUAUGGUAGAAGUCUUCAAAAUUCAAAGUUCAAAAUUCACACCCUACUGUUGCUCAGAGAAUUCAUCCUACUGAGAAACCAUACAAAUAUCGUGAGUGUGGCAACAUAUUAGGCUUCAUGAGAAAAUUCAUACUGGAUAGAAGGGAGAUAUAAAUGUAUUUAUUAGUCAGGUCUUUAGAACAUGAAUUCAUUCUAGAAGAUUCCUCACCAAUUUCACAGCUGUUUUUUAAAAAAUAAUAACCCUAUCCUCACAUCUCACCAGUAGUAUCAGAGUAUUUAUCCUGGAGA